CCGCUUGGCACCGCGGCAGAAGAACGUGUACUAAAUCAUAAGAAACCGGUUCCGUGUUUUAUAUUUGUGUUCGAAAUUCUUAAGGAGAAACUUGUGUAUUUGUGACGUUUAUUGGUAUUUAUCAACGAGCGCCAUAAAGCUUUAAAAUAUGAACAUAAUAUGGUACGGCGUAGCGAUCCUGGUUUUAUUGGAAAAAGGCGUCAAUGGACAUGGAAGGCUAAUUGAACCUCCAUCGCGGGCAUCGGCCUGGCGUUAUGGAUUCGACACACCACACAACUAUAAUGACCACGAGUUGUAUUGUGGAGGGUUUGCCAGACAAUGGAAUAAAAAUGGAGGCAAAUGUGGUGUCUGCGGGGACGCCUGGGACGCGCCUAAGCCUCGCCCCCACGAAUUAGGAGGCAGAUUUGGAAAGGGUGUUAUCGUCCGUCGUUAUGCACCAAAAGACACGAUAGUUGUAAAAGUAGAAUUAACGGCCAAUCAUAAUGGAUACUUUGAAUUUAGAGUGUGUGACGAUCCGAAAGCAACAGAUCAGGACUGCAUGGAUAAAUCUAUUCUUCAUUUAGAAGGAAAGGCUGAAACAAAAUACUAUCCUCGCGAAGGCAACAGAAUUUAUGAAAUGAAAUAUCAACUGCCUGAUAACUUGGAAUGCACUCAUUGUGUUAUGCAAUGGAGAUACAUCGCUGGUAACAAUUGGGGUACGUGUGACAAUGGGACAGGUGCUGUUGGUUGCGGACCUCAAGAGGAAUUUAGGGCUUGUGCGGAUAUAGCUAUAGCAGACCGCUUCACAACUACAACUAGAAGACCAAGACCAACAUACGUUCCACCCAGCCAGAGGCCUCCAGUGCUAAUUCCAGAAGAAUCGACUGGAAGUGCAUGGUACGGCAUCCUUAUUGCCUUGCUCACACUGUUCGUCGCCAUUGCCGCGAUGGCGGGCAUAUACCUGUACUACUACAGAGGUGGAAUAAAUAUAAAGAACCUCUUAAAAUCGAAGGUGCCCAAGCCUGCGCCAGUUCCUCCGCCUAGACACAAAAGAGCGUCUCUCUCCAGAGAAACUCCUCCAGAAAUAUCCGCACCAAAAAUUAUAUCAGACUCUGGCUUCGAAACAGUUGAUCUAAGAUCGAAAUAAUUUAACUGAGGCUGAUUUGAAACUGCCACUGCCGAUUUUAGUCAUAAAUAGGUUUACGAUAGAUGUAGAAUAAAUAAAUCUCAAAGCGUGAUUGAUUGUGCUGUGUAUUGGAUCAGAUAUUUUUGAACCACAAAAAAAAAUAUUUAUUGAUAUUACGAAAUUUAAGUUAUAACAAGUUAUUACAAUCUAUUUAUCAGUAAAAUGGAUAGAUUGAAAUUAAUAAAACCAGGAGCUCACAGUAAAAAGUGGUUCGAAAAUGUAUCAAAAACGAUGUAAGAAAAAGACAGAACGGAACUGGAUGUAUUUAUGUUAAAUUAAAUAUAAUAAAAAUUA